AUGUUAUUUAUCAGUUAUUUAUCAAUGUCAGUAAAUGACGUGUGUCAGCAGGUACAGUGUGUGUGUCACUCUGUCUUUUGCCUGGUGUUUAGUAAUUGGUCUCUUAGGAAACUCUGAAAGGGAAAGGACAAAGCAGCCUUCAGGAUCAGGUACCUGCGUAUCUACGACAACAUGUAUCACGUUACAAAGUGGACUUUAAACAGAGGCGGUGGUCAGGGGAGUACGAUAACUCUGCCGCCUGAGGAGGAACAAAGAGCGACACAAAAUGAGUUCAAGGAGUGCUUUUCCUUGUAUGACAAGAAGCAGAGGGGCAAGAUUGAAGCCAAGGAUUUGAUGACAGUUAUGCGCUGUUUGGGUACAAGUCCAACUCAUGGUGAAAUUGAAAGGCACCUGCAAGUUCACAAGAUUGACAAGAAAGGUGAGCUGGACUUCUCUUCCUUCCUAACAAUGAUGCAUCGACAAAUGCAACAAGAAGACCCCAAGACGGAAAUCCUGGAAGCUCUGAGGAUGACAGACAGGCAGAAGAAGGGGUUCAUUCCGGCGUCUGAGCUCCGAGCAAAGCUCACCAUGAUGGGAGAGAAACUCACUGACAGAGAAGUGGACGAGCUUUUCAAAGAGGCCAACGUCAAGUCAAAUGGAAAGGUCAAUUACGAAGAAUUCACCAAGAUGGUGACGCUGCCACCAGUUGAUUACUGAUUACUGUUUGUUCAACAUCAAUCCCAAUCCACAGAAUGAAAGUGUCUUAAAGGAACUCCCAGAACAGAUGUUUACCCCUUGAAUGCUGCAGUUAAAGAGUUGUUUUCCUGUUUCAAUCAAAUGCAGAAUCUGAUUGCUUGUUUUGUGUCUCAGACUAAUCAUUUUUACUUAAGAAAAGAAAGUAAAUAUAAUUUAAUAUAAUGUACAACACAGGGAGAUGUCAACAUGUUGGAGAGUCAUUCCAUAUGUUGACUCUCAGAGUAACGCUGCCGUCUGUCUUGUCUGAUAUUUAAUGUAUCUUUUUCGUCAAGAAUAACGUGUGUACAUCAGUAUUAAAUUACUAUCACAUGAUUACUGGUGUGAUUAUGUUGGGUUUUUUUUAUUAUUGAAUGUGAAAUUAAACCAUGAUAAAGAAAAUGUCUGUCCCUUCUAUCUCUGUGAGAUGAAGUGACAGAAGCUGUUCCUUGGUUCCUCCUUCCAUUGUUUACUACAGAGCUUCCUGAGAUAUCAAUCCACCAAAUUCUAGAAGUGACAUAAGAAUCAUGAAAUUACACAGGUCUUCAUGAUGCAGCGGCAGCUAAACUAAUAAGCAAAAUGAAGUUUCAGACGUACACCCAACGGCUUAUUGAAGAACACAAACAUAAUCUACAGCUAGAACUGAUUUGAAGACAUAUUACUGAAAAAUGUCCAACACUGUGUUGUCCAGUAUUUGAGUGUAAAAGGCACUGGGCCAGCCAAUACCUGACCCAAAACACCUGGAAUGCCUGAUUGGUCUCUAGCACCAACAAUUUUCUGCAUUUCAUCUUUUAACAUUUACAUUACACUUGGUGACUUAAACACGUGAUGUAAAGCCAAAGGAUCAGAUUAGAAGACUUUAAAUACCUGCUCCACUGAGCAGCACCUGUCCAAUCACAGCUGAGUUAUUAUAAUAUACAUAAUAAAACAUAUUAGAAUUAGAACAGUUAGGAUCAAGAAUAGAUGUAACAUUGGCCACUGCUCACAUUCCCAUAGAUGUCAAUAGCUUUUAGCAACAUUACAAGCUUUGUUAUUAGUUACUAAUACAGUACCUCUGUAGAGGAAAUUGUUUUGACGUAGUGGAUUUCUUUUGGCUGUGUGAAAUAAUAUACAAUUAAUUUGUACAUUUCCAAAACAUGUUGUGGAGAUGUUAAUGAAUGAGCAGCGCUGGUAAAGGUCCACAAACGACCACCAGGCUCUGAAGCAACAACAAUAGAAACAGACUGAGAAACAUGACAGUUCAGUGGUGGAACUGUACUUUUGAUUGGAACCAUCAAGAACCUAUUGUGUUUUUGCCUUCUAUUCUCUUAGGUGGUGGUAUAGGUGGCUAUUCGAGGGGGUCACAGCAAGGGACAUUCAUUUGAAUUUCAAUAUAGUUGUAUCACAAUGAGGCAAUAGCACUGGAGUUUUGAAAGAAAAGCUGUGAAUGUUUUGAUGUGGGCAGGGGGGUGCGCUAGGCAAUA